AUGGGGAGUCCUGGGGGGGAAAGAAAGGGUGUCCAGUUCCUGUUGCUUCACUUUCGCUUGAAACCCUUUCAGCUGGAAGCAGAAUUGCCAAAGCAGGAGCCCCCACCCAAAGUACAGCCAGACCCAGAUCCAGGCCCAGUACCACAGCUGGAGGAGAUGGGUCCAGCAGUGCCCUCUAAACCUACAUCUGCAGCUAGAGGAGAAAGCCCAGAGCAGGAGAUCUACAAGGUCGAAUCCCCCAAGAGCUACAAGGAAGAGCUGUCAUCCACAAACAGGACCUGGACCUUCAGCGCAAGCUCAAGCCACAGGGAGGAGGAGCAGGUGCCCACCCAGUUCCGCUCCAUCCGCGUGCAGACCUCCACACACCUUUUCUGGGCAAACAAGCUCAUCCAGGCGUCAGAGCACAGCCUGCAGCAGGCCUUAGAGAAACAUCCCAAGAGUGCCCGGGAAAAGAAGUCUGUCUCCAUAUCCCAGGUUCUCACAGAAUGCCCCCCACUGCCAUCAAGCCCCCCCGUGUCUUGCACCAACCUGCCCACAUCCAUUGGCCUGGCAGAGCUGAUCAAUUUUGCAUCGUCCCUGGCCGUAGCCUCCUCCAGCAACAAGGAAUUGCCUACCUUAGGGAGUAUGAUCAAAAGUACCUCUGAGAGGCCCCAAGACGCCUCUAUGGAGCUUUGCCAGCCUAUCCAGGCUAUCAAGUUUUCCCAGGCUACCCAGAUUACCCAGAUAUCCUCAGAGAAGACAGACAAAUCACCCCAAGAUGUGACAAGUCACAAAUCUUGGACUCAGGAAACCAGGAAUGUAGCUUGCUCUUACCUAGAUUUUAGCAAGACAGGGCUCAAAAAGGCUACCAUCCAAGGUGAAGUGAAGUUCAUCCAGGCACCAGCCACAUCCUCCCCGCUUCAGGGAGUCAAAGAAGACUCGGUGCCGGGAACCAAGAAAGGGAAUCCAUUAUUGCUGAAAAUCCAUUUUAAGCUGUCCCCCCCAUCACCCCCAGAGAAAUGA